AUGGAUUUGAUCACCAUUUUGAAUCUUGGCGCUCGUUUGACGUUCAACCAGAGCUUGGAGGGCGUCCUACUGCCAAGCAGCUUAAAGACCUUGACCUUUGGCCACAGCUUCGACCAGUGCUUGGAAGAGCGGCUGCUGCCGAGCAGCCUCGAGACUUUGACCUUCGGACACGAGUUCGAUCAAAGCCUCGAAGGUGUGGUGCUGCCAAGCAGCUUGCAGACACUGACCUUCGGACAAGACUUCAAUCAAGCAUUGGCAGGUGUGAUUUGGCCGGACGGCCUGCAGACGCUAACGUUUGGCCGUGGCUUUAGCCGGAGCUUGGAGGGCGUUGCCUUGCCAGCCAGCCUCCAGAGCUUGACCUUUGGCUACUUCCUCAUCCAGCCCGUGCAUUGCAGGAAUCCAACUGCCACACGACUGCGCACACUUUCCCUCGGCUCCUUCGCGACUCGGAGCUUAGACUCCCUCACGUGGCCAAGCAACUUGCAAACGUUGACGAUUCGUGGCUGUUGCAACCAGAGCUUGGCGGGUGCCAGAUUGCCAGAGAGCUUGGAGACACUGACAUUCGGCCAAGACUUUGACGAAAGCGUGGACGGCUUGGCGUUGCCGAGCUGCCUGCAGACAUUGACCUUCGGACCCGAGUUUGACCAGAGCUUAAGCGGUAUCCGUUGGCCGAGCAGUCUGCGCACAUUCUGUCUUGGCCGGGCAUUCAACCAGAUCUUGGAUGACGUCGUACUGCCAAGCAGCCUGAAGAGCUUGACAUUUGGAGACAGAUUCAACCAGAGCUUGGUAGGUGUGGCUUUGCCACAGAGCUUGGAGACCUUGAUCUUUGGCCAAGAUUUCGACCAGAGUCUGGAAGGAGUGAGGUUUCCAAGCAUCCUACAGACGCUGGUUUUUGGCGACCAGUUCAACCAAAGCUUGGCAGGUGCCAUGCUACCAGAGGGCCUGCAUGUCUUGGUUCUUGGCGACAGAUUCAACUGUAGUCUCGAAGGUACCAUGCUUCCAGGCUGCCUGGAAGAGUUGAGCUUCGGGUACUUCUUUAACGAAAGCUUGGAGGGAGUCAGGCUGCCGGAAAGCUUGCGGGUCCUGACAUUCGGCCACCACUUCGACCAGAGCCUUGAUGAUAUCCUCCUACCAAGCAAGUUGGAGAGAUUGACUUUUGGCCAAUAUUUUGACCAAAGCCUUGAGGGCGUGACUCUGCCAAGCAGCCUGCACACCUUAACUUUUGGCGACUGCUUCAAUGAAAGCCUGGCAGCUGUCACUUUGCCUGAGAACUUGCACACAUUGAGCUUCGGCGAGCGGUUCAACCAAAGCCUGGAGAACAUGGCUUUUCCUAGCAGCCUGCAGACUCUGACGUUUGGCCGCAGGUUCAACCAGAGCCUCUCUGCUGUGACACUGCCGAGUCGCCUGCAGACUUUGACUCUCGGGGCGGACUUUGACCAGAGCUUGGAGGAAGUCUCGCUGCCCAGUGGCCUGCAGAAGCUCUCCUUUGGCCAAGGAUUCAAGAGAAGCCUGGAAGCAGCUGCCUUGCUCAGCCAGCUGCAGACCUUGGACUUCCGUGGUCUACAGAUUUGCGUCCGAGAGGAAUCCAUGAGAAGUGCAGUCGACACCGUUGUGAGCAGCACCGACACCGUGAAGUCGUUGGCUAGCGAGACCGACUUCGAGUAUCGGGGAGAGGACGCAGUCGUGACGGAUGACGACGUUCUCCUGACGAAUGUUUGCUUGAGGCCCAUUACCUGCGAGUCCUUCAAGGAGUGCAAGCCCAGCUCUGAUUGGAAGCUGGUCGCGGAUGCUGCCACCAAGCCUGGAAAUAGCCGAGAG